AUGGCUCAUGCUGAAGAGUUUGUCGUCUUUUCUCCACUGUGCAUCUUGGUACGGCUCGGUAUGCCCUUUAGCUUUUUCGGCACGAUCAGAUCUUGGGCAACUGCCAGGAAGGCGUGGAUCAUGCUUUUGGGUCGUGUUUGGACUGAUGCUCUACGCCGCCAACCGCCGGUCGGCGGUAUUCAGGUUGCUGAAGCGUCCGGUGCCAUGCCAUGA